GUCCUGGUAUCAGUCGAUAUCAGGUAUCAAUGGAUAUUUAUAGCUUUAGUAUCGGAAUCGGUAUUGGAACUCAAAAAGCUGGAUCACUGCAUCGGUCGGUGUACCAUUCUUUCUUUUGAAUUUCAAUUAAGAUCCAAAAACAAUAAAUUGGGAAAACAGUUUAUUUCAUUAUUCCAUUUUAGUGUCAAAACAAAAAAAAAAGAAAAAGAAAAAUAUUUUGAACAAUCAAAAAACAUCAUCAUGCCUAUUACAACUUUGAGAGAGAGAAUAAAAUUUAAAAAUGAAAUAGGCACCGAGACUGUUUUUUUCAUUGGUGUUAUUUGAAAUAAACUUAAAUAUUGAAAGUAGAGGUUUGUUUUGUUUUGUUUUACACUAAAGCGGAAUAAUGAAAUAACAAACUGUUUUCCCAUUUUAUUGUUUUUCUUUCUUAAUUGAAAUUCAAAAGAACGAUUGGUACAUGGACCUGCUUCCCCAAAAAUAUGGCCCAGUUAACAAAUUUCCUUCCUGCGUGUUAUUUAUUUGUACAGAGUUCAUUGCUUUUUUCUAAAUGAAACCUUUGUUACACUUCCACUCUUGUUUCUGUAGUAAUUUCCUCGCAGAUUUUAGUACCUGUACUGUGAACACCCAUCUAUCACAAAACACAAAAGCUCCAUGAUGACCCGUUCAUUUGACACCGUGUUUCAUUUGACCUGACUCCACCCACACCGUCUUUAAAACCAAGACACCUGACUCUCUCACACAGCACAUCCCACAAGCUCCUGCUCAUUUCCAGACAGCUUUCCAAAUUCCUCUGCUUCAUUUUAAACUUUUCCACAUUUUGGUCAUCAUGAGUCUGAGCCGCACCAAGAGGAUCAGCUCCAGCGCGUCGGUCCGCAGCAACAGUGGCCCGCGCAGGGUCAGUGGUUACGGCCCGGGCGGUUUUAGCGGGGUGUCCCUGAGCUCCAGCUCCCUGUACGCCAACGGGCACCACGGCCUGAGCCCCCCGCUGGCCACGCUCUCUGUGAACAAGAGCCUGCUGGCCCCCCUCAACCUGGAGAUAGACCCCAGCCUCUCCAUGAGCCGUGCACAUGAGAAGGAGCAGAUCAAGAGUCUCAACAACCGGUUUGCGUCGUUCAUUGAUAAGGUGCGUUUCCUGGAGCAGCAAAACAAGAUGCUGGAGACAAAGCUGGAGCUGCUGCAGGGUCAGGGGGUGAGCCGCUCCAAUGUGGAGCCCCUGUUUGAGGCGUACAUGGCCGGACUCAGGCGCCAGAUGGACCUGGUCAACAACGACAAAACCAAACUGGAUGGAGAGCUUCGCAACAUGCAGGGGCUGGUGGAGGACUACAAGCACAAAUAUGAGGAUGAGAUCAACAAAAGGAACAACCUGGAGAAUGACUUUGUGAUCCUAAAGAAGGAUGUGGACUCAGCCUACCUGGUGAAGGCCGACCUGGAGGACAAAGUGGGAGCUCUGACUGACGAGAUCAACUUCCUGCGCAAUGUCUAUGAGGAGGAGCUGCGUGAACUUCAGGGCAGUAUCAAGGACACCUCUGUGGUGGUGCAGAUGGACAACAGCCGCAGUCUGAACAUGGAGCAGAUCGUGGCUGAUGUCAAAGCCCAGUAUGAAGACAUCGCUGCUCGGAGCCGAGAGGAGGCAGAGGCCUGGUACAAGAGCAAGAUCAUGUUAACCAAAACUGAAAAGACCCAUCAAAGGACAGAGUUUGACCAGAUGUCAGUUCAGGCCAGUCAGUUUGGAGACGAGCUGAGGAUCGUUAAAGGAGAGCUGGCCGAGGUGAACCGCCUCAUCAGCCGCCUGCAGAGUGAGAUCGAGGCCGUCAAAGCACAGAGGAGCGGUCUGGAGAACCAGCUGGCUGAGGCGGAGGAGAGGGGAGAGCUGGCGGUGAAGGAGGCCAAAGCCCGGACUAGAGACCUGGAGGACGCACUGCAGAGGGCCAAGCAGGACAUGGCCCGCCAGCUCCGCGAGUAUCAGGACCUGAUGAAUCUGAAGUUGGCCCUGGACAUUGAGAUCGCCACUUACAGGAAGCUCCUGGAAGGAGAGGAGGACAGACUGGGCCAACAGUCCAUCCUCAACAUUCAGUCUGUCUCCACCUACAGUCCCACUAAAAGCUCAAAUGGCUUCAGCAGUCAGAGCAGCUCUCCUCUGCCCAAGCUGCUCAUAAAGACCACAGAGACCAGGGACAACAGCCGAUUCAGCUUCCACUGAGACUUUAUGAAUGACCCGUGCUUUUAUAAGGUGUAAAGAA